GCGGGGAUGGAGGCGCUGUCACGGGUUAGAGCUCAGCGGAAAAUGUUUCGGUUCGGGCGGUCCAGUGGUUGGGGACACAAGGAGGCCGGACCCGCACGCGCCGAGCCCUGGGGCCGCUGAGCGCCGGCGGCCAUGGAACUGGAGCAGCCCGACAGUCUGGAGGGCUGGGUGCCGGUCCGCGAGGACCUCUUCGCCGAGCCCGAGAGGCACCAGCUGCGCUUCCUGGUGGCCUGGAACGACGCGGAGGGCAAGUUCGCCGUGACCUGUCACGACCGCACGGCGCAGCGGCAGUGGCACCGGGGGAGCCGGCCCGAGCGCGAGGCCGCCGAGGCCCGCCCCAGUUGGGCAGGCCUGCUCUCGGCCGCCGGGCUCCGCGGCGCGCACCGGCAGCUGGCGGCGCUGUGGCCGGCCCUGGAGCGCUGCUUCCCGCGGCUGCCGCCGGAGCUGGACGCGGGUGGUCGCGGCGCCUGGGGCCUGGGGCUCGGGCUGUGGGAGCUGGUGUGGCCGGCGCGCGCGGGUCCCGGCGAGGCGGCGUUGCAGGAACUGUGCCGGCAGCUGGAGCGCUACCUGGGUCAGGCGGCCGACGGCUGCGGCGGCGCCACAGUGCGCGACGAGCUCUUCCCGGCCGAGGGCGGAGCAGCCGACUGCGGGAGCCCUCGCGGCUUCCGGGAGCGCACCCUGCGUGCCCGGUGGGCCGAGGCGGGCGCGAGGCUGCACCAGGUUCUUCAAGAACACGGAAAAGCCAACACCAUGGUAUCGUUAAUGAAAGUUUAUCAAGAGGAAGAUGAAGCCUACCAGGAACUAGUUACUGUGGCAACCAUAUUCUUCCAGUAUUUACUGCAGCCAUUUCGGGAUAUGCGAGAAGUUGCAACUUUAUGUAAGCUUGAUAUUUUGAAGUCUUUGGAUGAGGAUAACCUGGGUCCAAGAAGGACAGUUGCCCUGCAGAAGGAAGCCAAAGAAUGGGCCCGACGGGCUGAAGAGGCUGUCACCUCUAUUCAAGAUGUCACAGUGAAUUAUUUUAAGGAAACAGUAAAAGCAUUAGCAGGAAUGCAGAAACAAAUGGAGCAGGAUGGGAAGAGGUUUGGCCAGGCUGCCUGGGCUGCAGCAAUUCCUAGGUUGGAAAAGCUCAAACUGAUGCUGGCUCAGGAAACUCUGCAGCUCAUGAGAGCCAAAGAGUUGUGUUUAUAUCACAGAAGAGCUGAAAUUCAGAUAAAGAUGGAAGAUCUUCCAGAACAACAAAAAAAUAUAGGUUUUGUAGAUGAAUUGGAGAUACAGUUUUAUGAAAUUCAAUUAGAAAUAUUUGAGGUUAAAUUUGAGAUAUUAAAAAAUGAAGAAAUACUGCUUCUUACACAGUUGGACUCUAUUAAAAGGCUUAUAAAAGAGAAACAAGAUGAAGUUGUCUAUUAUGACCCAUGUGAAAGCCCAGAAGAACUCAAAGUCCUUGACUGUGCAGUGGGGCUGCAGGAAAAAAACCUGGAGGUGAAGGAGCUCAGCCGGCAGUGCCAGCAGCUAGAGUCGAAACGGGGCAGGAUUUGCGCCAAAAGAGCCCAUCUCCGGAACAGAAAGGAUCGAUGCAAAGAAAAUCAUCAGCUUAGAUUGCAGCAGGCUGGAGAAAGCAUAAGGCGAUUUCAUCAGCAUCACAGUAUUCAGAUGAAAAGAGACAGGAUAAAAGAAGAGGAACAAAAGAAAAAAGAAUGGAUAAAUCAAGAACGCCAAAAAACACUCCAACGAUUGAGAGCAUUUAAAGAGAAAUGUCCGGCUCAGUCUGUAAUAAAGACCCCUUGCUCAACACCUGUGGCUCCAAGCCUGCCAUGCGGUCCUUCCGGGCAUACACCCUCGGCAGCCUCCCAGAUGGUGUCAGUAAUUCUCCCGUCCUCUAGGAAAACCAGAAAUGUUCCCUUAUCUGAAGUUAGAAAUGUGAAAACCUCCAAGUGUCAAGAAUGUCUUGGAGAUAUCCCUGUCCAGAUUUUUGUUCCAGUUGGUAACCAGAUCCACUCCAAAUCCAGUGAUGAAUUCUCACUGCCACCACCGCCACCCCCUCCUCCUCCACCACCACCUCCACCCCCUCUUCCUGCUCUGUCCUUGUCCUCUCAAGCUCCAGCUCAUCAGAACUCAGUUGGCAGAACUGCAGUGAAAGAUGACCAGCCACUUCCUCUAGUGUGUGACCCACCUGCUGAGAGACGGUGUGAUUCCUUUAAAAGUUUCCAGUGCCCAGGAUCUAUGGAUGAAGUGUUGGCUUCCUUGCGACAAGGCAGAACCCCUCUCCGGAGAGCAGAAGUGCCCACCCUGUCCCCUCCCCAUGCCUCAGUCAAUGAGCAUAUUCUGGCUGCCAUAAGGCAGGGGGUCAAAUUGAAGAAAGUUCACUUGGACUCUGACUCAAGCCCCAACAAUAAGCCGGCCAGUGACCUUGAAAGGAGCAUCAAAGCAGCACUGCAGAGAAUCAAGAGGGUCUCUGCUGACUCAGAGGAGGAUAGCGAUGAGCAGGAGGCUGGCCAGUGGGACCACUGAAUUCUUCUCCAGGUUCAGAAGAACCCCACAGUGCGCUGGGGUGAUGCGAGCUGAGCCAGGCUGCUUCUUGACAAGCGGCUGGAUGGGGCACCUGUUCACACCCUUAAAGGCAGGCAGGCUCAGUGUGAGGCACUGCAGGUCGCAUGUGACACUGGCUGUUCGGCCUGGGGAGGGAGGCAGGGGAUGGGGAGAAAUCUUCACACAUCAACCCACAAUUGGACUGUGAAAACCCCUAAGAAGUGUUGCUAGCCUAAGGAUAGCAUUUAUUUCUCAUCAGAAAUCUGGGAGUGAUUCUGAAUGUUCACACUGUGCUAGUGAACAGCACUGUUAAGCUGACCUCGUCCUCCUGUGUUCAGAAGAGGCUGUGGUGUGAAUGUUACUUCACCAAUAAUCAGGACCCAUUGCUUACAGUCAGGAGUUAUUUUAGAUGUUUAAAUGAAUUUUAUGUAUUGAGACAAACUCAUAAUAAAGAACUACUUGUAA